AUGGGUGACCAUAAACAAUACGAAUACUAUUUCGGUAAUGUGCCGAAAAAUGCUGCCGUAGAAGAUCUCCGAUCGUUUCUAAGUGAUUGUGGUAAGAUAACCAAUUUCGAGUAUCGACUGCACAAAUGCACCUACUGCCCCACGAAGAUUGCAUACAUCAAGUUCGCUCAACCGCUGGACGAUAAGAAACUGGAAGAAUUAAACAAAUCAACCUUUCAGCAAAAGCGGCUAUUUGUCGUUCGUACGAUGGCGGAAAAGUUCUUCACACCACUGCUAUCGGUUGUGGUUCGAUAUCUUAAUGAGCAAAUCACCGAGGAAGAUUUGUACAACCACUUUUCCAGUGUCGGUACGAUUGAAUGCGUCCAGAAACCUUCGCACAACUAUGCGUACAUAUCCUUUGCGGAUAAUGCCUCUAUCAGACGCGCACUGGAGUUGAAGAAGUCGCUCAAAGGCAUCGAACCGUACAUCGUUGAGGUGAAGCGUAGGAUCAGCAUGUUUCUGGAGGCAAAAAAGCCCGUAGCUUACACACAUAUCAAGGAAAAGUGUGAAAAGUUAAAUCUGGUGUAUGAUCCUGCAGCGGAAAAUGAAACUACUUUGCUUGUUACCAACAUCCCGCGUGACACCGAAGAGGACGAUGUUAUCGAGUUUUUGGGCCGGUUCGGCAAGAUAGAGGACUGGAUAAUGCAAAAAUCGGCCACCUGUGUAAUGUCGAACAUUGCCUACGUAACCUAUCAGACGCCGAAGAUGGCCCGUACAGCAUUCCUGCACGGGCCACUCAAUUUUCAGGGCUUCGGGAUGGAGGUUUACAACCGUAUGUUGGGAUACACCGCGAACGAUUCGGAUAAAACCAUUAUCAUUAGGCGUACGAGUGUGUAUUUAACCAACGACGAGAUUUUUGAAUCAUGCUCCGAGUAUGGAAAGGUUGAGUAUAUCCAGCGCAUAGAUUCUUUGAACUACAAUACAAUCGUCCGUAUGGAUACAGAAUGGGCGGCCAAGCGUGUUUUGGAAUUGCGCCAUAUUGCCGGCGAGGAAGUGGUGAUACGAAAGUACACCGCCAAACAGUACAUUACACCUACGUGUGCUCCCCGUUAUCUGGAAGCACGGGUGCCUCCGAAACGAUCCCGCAAAGAAUCUAUGCUGCAGCAUAUUACCGCCAUAGAGGACCGUAAGAGCAUAUCCGUACUGCCCACCGCCUUCAAUCCACAGUACUUUAAUCCAAAUCCACUGUACUACCGGAACGAGGUGCAGGUGUGGAACUAUGGGCCGAAGCAAGGAUUGGUAGAGUUUAGAGAGUAUUUUAAAAAAUAUGGAACCGUGAUCAAUUUGCGUGAACAUAAGGAGCACAGCCUGUCUCCGAUCGGUGUCGCUUAUCUGAGCUUCGAUACGAAACUGGAAGCGAAACGCGUGUGUAAGUUAAAUCAUUCAUUCAUGUGCUCUAGACGGCUGCUGAUUUUAAUGGCCGAUCAGUGUAUUACACACGAUUCAGGUCUUUGCGUUAGAGUUAGCAAUCUGACGGAAGAAAUAGCGGACGAAGAUGUGUACGAUAGGUUCGGCAUGAUCGGCGAUGUAAAGUAUGUUUUUCGUCCCAAGCUAGUGGAAGCAAUCGUUUGCAUGGGCAAAGAAAAAUGGCAAGCAAAAGCGAUGAAGGUGAUGUGCGUUGGUCGGUUCCCCGUUGAGGUGUGCUCACUGCUCGGUCCGACUAAUGUUCAGGGUGGACUCCCAGCUGUUAGCUCGGGGAUGGCAAAGUACCCGAUCGCUAGCCCUAGUAUGGUACCGGCACCAGUACCACCACCAGUGCCCCCACCAGUACCACUAACAGCAGCGAACAAUAAUCAAUGGUACGGUGCGACAGGUCAAAAUUUUCCACCAGGGCCAAUGAUGAUAGGAUUGGUCGGUCCUACCAGUACGGGUAGUUGGAUGCCGGUGGCACCAGUAUCGCCGACCACCGGCAUGGCAGUUGGAUCGGUCAGAAUGGUCGGACCGGCAGCAACACCCGUGGGAUCAAUUACUGUGGGCGGUCAAGAGGUAAGCCCGCGUAUGCGAGGCCUGAUGCAAACCGUAGAAGCGCAAAUGAUAAAGUGCAAAAAUUUCACCACCCUGCCAAUGACGGAUCAGUUUAAUUUGGUCCGUGACAUCGUAAAUCAGUGUAUGAGUUAUACACGGUUUUUGUCCAUGACCGGUGAGGAGAAAAUCCGACACCUCAUAAACGAGUCGAAGAUUUUUCAGCAGUUGAACACGUUUACGCUCUUCACGUAUCCGGAGCAACUGCAGAUGCUAGCCAUCAUUGAGGAUUAUUAUCGUAGUACAAGCGAACCUGGAUCGCUUCCACCACCCGCCAGUAGCACCGGCAGCAGUUCGGGAGCAAAGGAAUCCGAUGGGAAACAACCACUAACAACACUCAAAAUGUUGCCACGUGAUGCCAAGGAGAAAAUGGAUGAACCAAUGGCGAACGAGCAACCCGAUGCAACAUCCAGCGAUAACAACGACGCUAUGGAUGACGAUGAUUCCAUUCCACCGGCACCAUCACCGCCACCAUUAUCAUAUCGUUCCCGAUCUCCUUCUCCAGUGGACAAUGAGGAUGGAAUGUGGCUUCCCUCUAGCGGAUCGAUUAACGGCUCCAUCCAGCAGCAAAUGAUCGAAGGCGCCUCAUCAGCGGCGGCGAAAAAGCGACGUACUAAAAAGAAAGCUAAACAGUUAGAAAAACCUUUGAUACAAAUAGCGAACCUGCCAAGGGAAGUUAGCAAGGCAGACAUUGAGCAACUGUUUAGUAAGCAUGGCAAGGUAAAACUAGUAUCAAACGCAAGGUCCCAUUAUCCAAACUCAAACUCGAUGAUCGUUAUGUUCGACACGAUCUAUCAAGCGUAUAUGGCAUUGGAACAUAAUUUAACCAAAUUUCAGGGACGGCUGAUACGUGUUAAUAUGAUCGGAUCGUGCUAUAAACCCACAUCACAAUGUGGCAUAAGCGUAGUUAGCAAUGGCCCGUACUCGGAGCUGGCGAUCUACGAGACGUUCAAGUCUUGUGGAAAGAUACUACAUGUGCACACCGAGGGCAAGUCCGGCAAUGAGCUGUGCCUGAUCGAGUUUGAAGAUAAACAGUCCGCACAGGCCGCACUCAAGAUAACCUACCUGCACAAUGGGAAUCGUUGCAAAGCGCAGCAUCAUUCAUUUGCAACGGAGCCGCCAACGAAGGAUUAA